UUGAAGCCGGAUCCGUUCCAGCAGCGCGCGGCUGUGCCUGGAGCGCCGUCACUGCUGCUGGUGGCCGCUCACACCUCGGCCGGCAAAACCGCGCUGGCCGAGUACGCCAUGGGGCUGGCCCGGCGCCACAUGACACGGUCCAUCUACACCUCCCCCAUCAAGGCUUUGUCCAAGCAGAAGUUUGGGGAUUUCCGCGACACCUUCGGGGACGUGGGGCUGCUGACGGGGGACGUGCGGCUGCGCCCCGAGGCCGCGUGGCUGGUGAUGAGCACCGAGAUCCUCAGGUCGAUGCUGUCCAACGGCUCCGACGCCAUCCGGGACCUGGAGUGGGUGAUCUUCGACGAGGUUCACUACGUCAAUGACGAUGAGAGGGGUGUGGUGUGGGAGGAGGUGCUGAUCCUGCUGCCCGAGCACGUGAAGCUGGUGCUGCUCAGCGCCACCGUCCCCAACGCCCUCGAGUUCGCCCAGUGGGUCGGUCGCACCAAGCGUCGCUGUGUCCGUGUUCUGAGCACCCCGCGCCGCCCGGUGCCGCUGGAGCAUUUCCUGUUCACCGGGAACAGCGCCCGGAACCGGCACCAGCUGUUCCAGCUGCUGGGCCCAGGGGGGGCCUUCAGCACCCAGGGGUACUACGCGGCGGUGGAGGCCAAGAAGGAGCAGAGCAGCAAACACGCGCAGAGCUUCGGGGCACGGCAGCCCACCAUGGGAGCCCCCAACCCUGGGCAGGAGCGUGGUGUCUGGCCGUCCCUGCUGCAGACCCUCCGUGAGCGGGAGCUGCUCCUGGCCGUCACCUUCACCUUCUCCCGUGGCCGCUGCGAGGAGCAGGCGGCCGCCCUGGGCUCCCUGGAGCUGCUGAGCGGCGCCGAGCGCGCCCAGGUCCGGCACUUCCUGACGCACUGCCUGGCCCGGCUGCGCGGCUCCGACCGGCGCCUGCCACAGGUGCUGCAGCUGUCGGAGCUGCUGCAGCGCGGCAUCGGCAUCCACCACGGCGGGGUCCUGCCGCUGCUCAAGGAGGUGGUGGAGAUGCUCUUCAGCCAGGGGCUGGUGAAGGUGCUGUUUGCCACCGAGACCUUCGCCAUGGGGGUGAACAUGCCGGCGAGGACCGUCGUCUUCGACUCCAUCCGCAAACACGACGGGAAUGGCUUCCGGGAUCUCCUGCCCGGUGAGGGGCUGGAUGUGGGGCUGGGGGGAGAGCGGGUGGGAACGCAAGUACACGCAGAUGUCGGGGCGCGCCGGCCGCCGCGGGCUGGACACCACCGGCACCGUCAUCAUCCUCUGCAAGGGAGCCGUGCCCGAGCUGUCGGAUCUGCACCGCAUGAUGCUGUGUCACUGCCAUGUUCCCACCGUGUCCCCCGAUGGCUUCGGCUCCCAACGGUCGCUCCCCGGCGCUGGGUCCAGAGCGGCCCGAGGAGGGGAUGCUCUGUGUGCCGAAACGAGGCAAUCCUCCCGUUGCAGCUGCUGCCAGCACUGAAAACCUGUGUGCUUCGUGGUGUCCAUCGCCCAGCUGGCAACGAUUCCCUGGUGUUUGGUGCAUUAAGUCACACCCAGCUGUGUGGGAUGGCAGAGUCAGGUGGGCCCUUUAUUGAACAGAUUUAUCUGCUACAAGGCUACGCAGAAGGAUGGAAAGGAGGAACACAGGGGGAAAAAAAAAUAGAUGAAAGGCCAUGCAUUGAUCACCUGAUGUACUCCAGAGACAAACAUGGCUAUUACAGGGGCUGGUUCUGGGGUAACAAGGAAGAACAAGGCCUAAACACCUCUGGCUUGUCUGUCCAAGGAUCUGCCUCAAUUGUGGCUCCCAUCCUUCUGAAGAACUCUUCAGUACAGUGAGUUACCUUCUAUAACUAUUUAUUGUUGUAUUGUUGUUGUGAGACCUCAUUGCUGGGUGAGAAGACCAGGGGAAAUUAAAGGCUGUAUGCCACUGUUACUUCCCUGAAUUCUUGUACUCUGUUAAAAUCAAAACAAAAGGGAUUUACACUGUAAGAAACACUUAAAUGUAAGUUAAGGUAAAGGUCACAGUGCUAAAACCUAAGAGCAGAUAGCCUUGAGCUCCUUUAUAUUCCUACUCCUGCCUCCAGGGUAUCAUCAGCUAUCCCCUAGAUCUUGCAGUGGAAGAGAUGCUGAACCAUCAGCUGUUCCAUAUU